CUAUGACUGAUCGUUCCCGCGCAUUUCGUUGCUACGCCACCUACUCUCCGGGAGUCCAUCGGAUACGAACGUUAAGUUCUUUCGCGAAAUUACAUUCAUUUGAUACGUUUAGUAUUACAGAUUCCUCAAGUUGCCUCCGCUACGAAUAUUGUAAAUUAUUUACUCACUUAUUCAUCGCACAACUAAUGACAUUUUUACUUUGCAAUAUAAAUGCUACCGUGAUUAUCAGGAAGUAUCGUAAAUAUUGAAACAUCAAAUAUGGCGUGUUAAUAUCAUUUCAACUUGAAUACAAAUUUGCAAGGGAAGAACUUAACGAUAGUGGCAAUAAAUAAAUCAAGUAACUGGAAAUCAGCAAAAUGGGAGGCGAGGAAGGAUUAGGAGUGACCACCGGUCAGCCCAAUCUUUACAAGCAAGAUCUAUCGAAAUUGGAUGUUAGCAAACUUACGGCACUGUCUCGGGAAGUAAUUAGCAGACAAGCAACUAUUAAUAUUGGAACAAUUGGCCAUGUGGCGCAUGGGAAGUCCACUAUCGUGAAAGCAAUUUCUGGAGUUCAAACGGUUCGUUUUAAAAAUGAACUAGAAAGGAACAUUACCAUUAAACUUGAGGCUCGUGCAGCGGAGAGUAGCAGUGGGGAAAUUGCUGAAGUUCCUGGCGAUACACACAAACUGCCUUUCAACUGUCAAAAGAGGUCCAUUUCGCCUGGGGGUACCGAACCACCUGCCAAGCAACGGAGACUCAAUUACAGUAUGUCUUCGUCUGAAGAUACAGAAGACAAACAAUUGGAGAAGCCUGUCAAUGUUUCCACAACUUUAAGAUCUAUGAAGAGUUCGAAUGUAUUGCCUAUGAUAGCGGACUCGUGCAAAGAAGUAGAGAAACGAGAAAGUGUUAUAUCUCCUGCAAAAAAUUGCCUCUUUGAGGCAACAAAGAAUGCUGUAACAUGUGAGCUAGUUAAUGGACAUUCGUUAUAUGUAUCCAAUGACAACAAUGAUGACCCAAAUUUGAAACAGAAAAUACUUCAACGGUCAAUUAAUAGUAGACCACAAUUUAAAACUCUAGUACUGAAAGAAGUGAGAAUAGAAUUAGAUGACAUAAGUGAUUUAGCAGCUAAAAAGGUUAGUCGUAAGACGGAAACGAAAAGGAAAGAUGUAUACGAGGUCGAAAAGAUAUUAGGGAAGAAAUAUCAGAACGGAACUGCAUUGUAUCUCAUCAAGUGGAAGAACUGGAAUGCAGAGAGUAAUACCUGGGAGCCAUUGGAAAACCUUGUAAACUGCUCCGAGUUGUUGGAAGAAUUUGAGAACGACAGGAUAAAACUGUUGGACAAGUUUAAAAGCAAGAUGAACUUUUAUCCUACCAUAAAGGAGGUUGAACGGUUCAUGAAGAAUCUGAUGACCAAUGGUUAUACAGAUUGUACGGAUCCUGACGAAGAUGUACUUUACAGGAACCUUAGGAAUUUCUUCAAGCAGAAGUAUAACAGUUCUAGUCCACUCGGAACGAAGAUAAAGAAUAAUAUACUUCAGACACUGUUGUGCAGCUUGAGAAAAGAACAGUUGGAGUCUCUGCAAGAGUGGGAAAAUGAAAUGAACAGCAUAACGGCUGGGAAACCGUUCAUUAAAGUUGAAAACUUUGUGGAUUUGGAGAGUGCUCCUCAAGAUUUCUACUACAUAGAUGACUAUUUGCCAGGUGCAGGUGUAAUAAUACCGGAAGAGCCACCGAUAGGCUGCCAUUGUGAAAAUUGCGACUCAAAAGGGAACGACAAUUGUUGCUUUACCCAGUGCAACGGCAGAUUGCCUUAUUCUACGGCAUGUAGGAUUCGAGUGCCUCCGGGAACUCCCAUUUACGAGUGCAACAAGCAGUGCAUGUGUUCGGACGACUGUCAAAACCGAGUAGUACAGCGAGGGACCUCUGCGAAGCUUUGCGUGUUUAGAACAUCUAAUGGCAGAGGGUGGGGUGUCAAGACUUUGAACACGAUCAAGAAGGGAACAUUCGUGACUCAAUACGUCGGCGAAGUGAUAACGAGUGAAGAGGCGGAAAAAAGGGGAGCGGAAUACGAUGCCGCAGGAAGAACGUAUUUAUUCGAUUUGGAUUAUAACGAGACGGAAGGGCAAUGCCCGUACACCGUCGACGCGGCCAUGUACGGAAACAUUUCCCAUUUUAUCAAUCACUCUUGCGACCCGAAUCUGGCAGUUUACGCAGUGUGGAUCAACUGUCUGGAUCCGAAUCUACCUAAACUCGCUUUAUUCGCCACUAAAGAUAUUAAACAAAAUGAGGAAAUCACCUUCGAUUACAUGUGCCAGUCCUCUAGGAUCUAUGAAAAGAAGAUUAGAGAACACGGUGACUCGUUUGACGGUGUAAUUAACGGUAGCGUUACUUCGGAAGCCCGACAGAGAUUGGAGCUACCAUUGGAAACGAAGCGCACGUCCAUGGAUAAUCGAACCCGAUGCAAGUGCGGAGCGAAUACUUGUAGACAAUAUCUCUUCUAGAAGAAUGACUGUAUAUGUAGACAGACGAACGCAGUAAUAUUUUUAUAAUUAUAACUUGGCAAGAUAGUAGGUACAUUCAUUUUCUGGGAUAGAGCGAAGGGAAAUCAGUUGAGAACUAGAUUGUCUUCAGCCUCUAUGCUGCUGGCAAAUUAUCCCCGCUGUUGUUGUAGCUCUUUAAGUCAUCGACCUGAUUAAUUGGUCAGUCCUUUCGGUAACACUGCCAAGCGUUUCCGUUAAUGAAGUUCUUAAUUUAGAAAUAUAUGCAAUCGGAGUGAUUUAUCGUUUUAAUAUGUUUACAAAUUGCCAGACGUAUAUGAUGUAGCAUAGUGUUUACAAUGUAUUGUACAAAACUUUGGAAAGUCAGUCAUAAAGUUAUCCAAGUAAAGUUUCUGUUAACUGA